AUGGUUGAGGAGCUGCAGGUGGGGGUUGUGGAAGAUCAGGCCAUGAGGGAACAGCAGGUGGGUCAUGGUGGAGGAGCUGCAGAUGAGCUGAAGGGGGUUGUGGUUGAGCUGCAGCUGCCUGUGUGGGAUCCCUGUCAUUCCCUAAAUCCCCUCGUGCCGUGUUUCCAGCGGGAGCUGAAGGAGCAGCUCCAGGGGCUGCAGGAGAGCGAGCGCGGCCACACCGAAGCCCUGCAGCUCCUCAAGAAGCAGCUGGCAGAGACCAAGUCAUCAGCCAAGAGCCUGCGGGUGACGAUCGGGGAGGCGUUCGAGCGGCUGCACCGGCUGCUGCGGGAGCGCCAGAAGGCCAUGCUGGAGGAGCUGGAGGCCGACACGGCGCGGACGCUCUCGGACAUCGAGCACAAGAUCCAGCGCUACAGCCACCAGCUGCGCAAGGUGCAGGAGGGCACCCAGAUCCUGCAGGAGCGCCUGGCAGAGGCCGACAAACACGUCUUCCUGGCCGGAGUGGCCUCCCUGUCUGAGAGGUUGAAGGGGAAGAUCCACGAGACCAACCUGACGUACGAGGAUUUCCCCACCUCCAAGUACAUGGGCCCCCUGCAGUUUACCAUCUGGAAAUCCCUCUUCCAGGACAUCCAUCCCGUGCCCGCCGCGCUGACCCUGGACCCGGGCACUGCCCACCACCGGCUCAUCCUGUCGGACGACUGCACCAUCGUGGCCUACGGGAACCUGCACCCGCAGCCGCUGCAGGACUCGCCCAAGCGCUUCGACGUGGAGGUGUCGGUGCUGGGCGCGCAGGCCUUCGGCGCCGGCGUGCACUACUGGGAGGUGGUGGUGUCCGAGAAGACCCAGUGGGUGCUGGGCCUGGCGCACGAGGCCGUGAGCCGCAAGGGCAGCAUCCAGAUCCUGCCCAGCCGCGGCUUCUACUGCAUCGUGAUGCACGACGGCAACCAGUACAGCGCCUGCACCGAGCCCUGGACGCGGCUCAACGUCAAGGGCAAGCUGGAGAAGGUGGGCGUCUUCCUGGACUACGACAAGGGGCUGCUCAUCUUCUACAACGCCGACGACAUGUCCUGGCUCUACACCUUCCGGGAGAGGUUUCCCGGCAAGCUCUGCUCCUACUUCAGCCCCGGGCAGAGCCACGCCAACGGCAAGAACGUGCAGCCGCUGCGCAUCAACACCGUCCGCAUCUGAGGGACCCCGGGGGGCCGGGGGGCCACGCCAGGCUCCCGG